AUGACACUAUUGGCGGCGACGAUGAUGUCGACGACAGUAUUAAUGUCUUCUAGUGGUGUCGGUGUGGGAUCAGCAGCCAUACGUCGAUGCCAUCCCUGCGAACACUGCAAUAAGUCAUUUACAUCGAGCCAUCAGUUGGCCCAACACAACCGUAUACAUACCGGAGAGAAGCCAUACAAAUGUAGUUAUUGUGACAAAAAAUUUAAACAAUUAUCUCAUGUCCAGCAACACACCCGACUGCACACCGGCGAACGGCCCUAUAAGUGUUCGGUACCCGAAUGUGGCCGUGCGUUCAUCCAACUGUCCAAUCUUCAGCAGCACAUGCGUAGCCAUUGUUCCAUCGAUAAAGUGGCCAAAAAUAAUGAAAAGAAAUAUCUGUGCAAUCAUUGCGGCAAAGGUUUCAAAGGACAGAGCAGUUUAGCCACUCAUCAGCAAAAGAAGCAUUCAAAUAUGAUGGCCGACGGUGUGGGUUCGUGUCCAGUGUGUCACCUAAUACUUCCCAAUGCCGAAGAGCUGUCGCUUCACAUUAAGAAAGAGCACAACGGCUUCAUUGAGACUCAAAGAUUUGUCUCAAAUGACGGGAAAAGAGAAAAUCGUAUGAUAUCGCCGUACACCUGUCCCAUAUGUGGAAAGUCAUAUCUGAAUGAAGGCUCCUAUCGCCGUCAUCUGGAGAGCCAUCCGGAGGCGCUGUCGUCGCCUACAUCAUCGUCAUCGUCAUCUUCGUCGAUACCUUUGUGGCCGUGCAGUGUCUGUACCAGUGUUUUCACCUCUGAAAUUGGACUCUUAACACAUAUGGAACAGAUGCGUACCGACGCCAAGCAUCAGUUCGAGGCACAGAUCAUACUGAGCUGUGCGGCCGCCGAAAAACGGCACAGGGAUGCCAUCGCGUCGCUGAACAGCAGUUUCAUGACUAAUCUCACGCAAAACAAUAACAAUAAUAAUAAUAAUAAUAACAAUAAUAAUAAUAACAAUAAUAAUAAUAAUAAUGGCACGACAUCACUGUCCACAUCCAUGGGUUCGCUCAAUGAGAUCAACCAUUCUGUAUAUAUAUAUAAUAUACGGUAUAUAUAUUGUAAACAACACAUUACUGGACACACAAACAUCAUUAUCAUGAGCUCAAGAAACUACUCGACAACAAUCGACACCAACAACACUACUACCACUACCACCACCACCACCAACAACAACAAGGAUCCACUGAACGACUUUUCUUAUAUGACAAUCGGCGGUAAUUCGCCUCUGUUUAGUGGCACACCAUCGUCGCCGCACUACGAAAUAUUUGCCAACUUUGCGCCAACCAGUUUUGUGGCCAUGAAAUACAGAAAUCUGGGCAAAAAUGGUCUCCGAGUACCGAACUUGGGCUUCAGCUGUUGGAAUGCGUUCGGCACCAGAAUUACUGAACAAACUGCCGAAGAAUUGUUGACAAUGGCCUACGAAAAUGGUAUCAACUAUUUCGAUACCGGCGACGGCUAUGCCAAUGGUAAGGCCGAACUAGUCUUGGGUAACAUAUUGAAGAAAAAAGGUUGGAAACGAUCGUCGUUUAUCGUGUCGACCAAACUGUUCUGGUUUAACGGUCCCAGUGCUCACAAUGGCGGCGGACUGUCCCGAAAAUUUAUUGUCGAAGCCGUCGAGGCAUCGCUGAAACGAUUGCAAUUGAAAUACAUUGAUAUACUGGUUGUACAUAAAUUGGACGGCAUGUGCCCGAUGGAGGAACUGAUCCGAGCUAUGGCUUACCUCAUGAACAAUGGCAUCAUUUUAUAUUGGGGCACGUCUCGGUUCGCACCGAUGCACUUAUCGGAAUCAUUUUCGAUUGGCCGCCAGUUUAACUGUCCGGCACCGGUAUGCGAACAAAUGGAGUACCAUAUGUUUACCAGAGAUAAGAUGGAACUGUUUAUGCCUGAGUUGUUCCAUAAGAUAGGAAUCGGUUGUAUUGUUUGGUCGCCGAUGUCGUUGAACUACGACGAAGGCAUACAAUUGAUUACCCGACGGAAUGCCUCCUACGAGGAAAAGGUGACACAAAAUGCCAAACAUAUGGAACUGUCGCUCAUUGCCGACAAACUUGGCUGCGAUCAGACACAGCUGAUCAUCGCCUGGUCAUUGAGGAACGACAAUGUCAACUGUGUCCUAAUAUCGCCGACAACUGUCGACCAACUGUACCAACAGCUGCACGCACUCAAAAUUGUUCCCAAACUGUCGGCAACAAUGAUCGAUGAUAUCGAAAAAAUAUUGGCCAACAAACCGUCGGUAAAAAGGUCACAACAUAACCAAUCGAUUUCUGGUAUACCGCCAGAAGAUCUACCGACACAACAGACCACUACUAUUAUUAACAGUGAAUCCAAUAUUUAA